AUGGUUGGGCAAUUUGAGGGGUAUUCUUUGGAAAUAGCCAAGGAUGAAGAUGCUAAAGGAAAUUUCAGAGAUGGAGAUGGACCACAGAGGCAGGAGGGAAGCCACGCAACAGGGGAGGAUCUGAGGAAUGAGGAGGAUGAGAAACUGCAUCCUCUAUCGCCAGAUGAAGUCAGGAAUGAAGACCUGAGAGGAAACUUCAGGAAUCAAGGCAGGCGUAAGAGGCCAAAAGGAAGCCAUAUGGUUGAGAAGAGGGAUAAAAAUAUUCCUUGCCAAGGGGGGGCUUUUCAAGAAGUAAUUCACACGGUGGAGGAAACAUUCAAGUGCUUGGAAUGUGGUAUGAACUUCUCAGAUGAAAUCCAGUAUAACAUCCAUUCACAAAUCCACAGUGGAAAGAAAACCGAUCAGUGCCUGGAGUGUGGAAAGAGCAUCCUUGGUAGAGCAGAACUAAUUAGACAUCUGAGAACACAUACAGGAGAGAAACCUUAUAGCUGCUCAGACUGUGGCAAGAGCUUCUCAGAGAAAUCAGACCUUGUUCAACACCAUAGGACUCACUCAGGGGAGAAUCCAUUUAUCUGCUCAGAGGAAUGUGGAAAGAGAUUCAGUAGGAGUGGCCAUCUUCUAGAGCAUCUAAGGAUCCACACAGGGGAGAAGCCUUUUGAAUGCUCAGAGUGUGGAAAGAGAUUCAAUAGGAGUGGUCAUCUUCUACGGCAUCAAGUAACCCACAGAGGGGAGAAACCUUUUGAAUGUGCAGAGUGUGGAAAGAAAUACAGUAGAAGUAGCCAUCUUCAGCAGCAUCAGAGAACCCACACAGGUCAGAAACCUUUUGAAUGCUCAGAGUGUGGAAAGAAAUUCAGUAGGAGUGACUAUCUUCAACAGCAUCAAAGAACCCACACAGGUCAGAAACCUUUUGAAUGCUCAGAGUGUGGAAAGGGGUUCAGUCAAAGUGGCAAUCUUCAACAGCAUCUAAGAAUCCACACAGGGGAGAAACCGUUUGAAUGCUCAGAGUGUGGAAAGAGAUUCACCUGGAGAGACCAACUUCAACAGCAUCAAAUAAGCCAUACAGGCAAGAAACCUUAUGAAUGCUCAGAGUGCGGAAAGAAAUUCAAUUUGAAUGCCAAUCUUCUACAGCAUCAAAGAACCCAUACAGGGGAAAAACCUUUUGAAUGCUCAGAGUGUGGAAAGAGGUUUGGUCACAGUGCCAGUCUUCAGCAGCAUCGAAGAACACACACAGGGGAGAAACCUUUUGAAUGCUCAGAGUGUGGAAAGAGGUUUGGUCACAGUGCCAGUCUUCAGCAGCAUCGAAGAACACACACAGGGGAGAAACCUUUUGAAUGCUCAGAUUGUGGAAAGAGAUUCAGUCAGCGUGGCACUCUUCAAAAUCAUCUGAGAACCCAUACAAGGAGAAAGCAUGUAACUGUGUAGCCUGUGAAAAGAGCUUUUCACCUAUUUCACACCUAAAGGACAACCACAGAUCAUAUAAAGCACUGAAACAAUGUAAACUGUUGUAAAGAGCUUGAAUCGACACAGAAACCUUACCGUAACUGGGAAGAAAUGUUAUAAAUGCUCGGAUUAUAGAAAGA